CGUCAGUCAAAAUGUCAAUCAAUACGUGUUAACGGCAACGACAUGAUUGUACCUAUGACAUAUAUAUGUGUAUCCAACAGUGAUCGAUCAGUCAGCCAGCAAGUCAGCCAUCCUCUGCUCGUGUGUCAGCAAGGCAUUGCCACGCUGGAUAUGAAGAUAAAAGACUCAUCUCCUAUGCCCUAUGACUUCCAUUUGCUUUCUUUCCUUCCAUUUCCUUUCUGUUCCAUUCUCAUUCAUUCAGAAAAUUAAGAGACAAAGAACAGGACGGCCAACAAAGCCGAGAGAGAGAGAUAGAGAGAGAGAGAUUUCAAACUCCACCCCUUUGCUCAAGAGGUAAUUCGCUCCAAAGCAGGACAGGCACAAAAGAGUCACAAACAAUAAACACCACAAGGGCCACGAAUGCCCCAAAAAGAGAGCAUCCAGUCAUACAAACAAAACCUAUGUGUGUGUCUGCCUGCCUGUCUGUCUGCAUUUGGUUCUGAGAAGAGAAGACGUCCUGGGGGCUUCUGGGGGCUUGUGGGGGCUUGUGGGGGGUGUGCACGACACCCUGUCUCGCACACAAAGGAACUGCCAUGUUGUGUCUCCAUUAGUCCAGUCAGAACGAGAAGACGUCCUGGACCAUGCCAACCGAGUCGAUGUUAAGGCCGGCGAAUCCGACGAGGCCUCGUGUGAGUUCGUGUGUAUCGCUGAUGGCAUGCAAUUGAACCGUCAGCUCGUGUAGCGAUUGUGCACCCUGCAUGGAUAGACAUGGACAAAGACACAAACAUUCAUAAGCAGUGAUGGCCAGUAUGUCGAUCAGAUCAGCUGCCCGACUGACCGAGAAGGUGAAAUCAAACCAGUGGGGCAUCAUCCAAACGACCCAGUCGAAGGACCCCACCCGCAGCACGGCCAUCAGCAGGAAAGACAGCAGGCAGAAGAAAAUUAUCGGCUGCAACAACAUUCAAAAGCGCAGUCGGCCCAGUAUCGGCUGCAGUAUCUCCAAGGCUGAAACAGACCUACCUGGAGGAUAAAACUGUUUAGAAACUCAACCGAACACACCAUCACAAAGUCCUGAUAGAUCACGUAGGUCGGCUGGCCCUCGAGGCCGCUCUCCGCCAGCUGCGACGAGAAGGCGAAGAGGAGCAGGAAGGAGCAGCACGCGAACCAGUAGAGGAGCCCGAUGGUGAUGCCGAUCCGUUCCUUCAGCCGCCACCGCGACAACACAGCUAUCUUUCUGUCCUGUUGUCCCGACACACACACAGGUGCAACAUUGCAGGAGAUCCAUCAAUACAUGGACAAAUGAUAGGCCUUUCACACCGACCAAUGAGAAAUGACCUGACCGACAACAUAUGACAAGAGGCACGUUUUCAGUUGGAUGGAUGUCUCUUUGUAUGUAGUUACCAGAAUGGCGUCCUGUGAGGUCGGCGAUGCGUCGAGGGGUCAUCACAGUGAGGCGUCGCGUGUGUAUUGACGACAGUUUCUGCGCGGUCAUCUUCCUCUGUGCUCGCAGAUUACGGGGCGUGGCCCCGUAUUGUAUUUCUGCACACGAGCACCACCCCCAACAAGCCAUGACUACCUCUCCCCUCUCUCUCUCUCUCUCUCUCUCUCAACCUCUUACCCUGUCUUGUAGCUGACGGCAUGAUGUGAGGGACGGCUUUGCGGAAGAGGAAGAGCAGCGUCAGCGGAAUGGGUUUGGAAAGCAGGAUUGACCAUAGGAGCACGGCGAUCUGUCGGAGUGUGAGGAGCCACCCGAUGCCCCCCGACUGCCAGGCCAUCAGCACUGUGCUGUCGUCCUGCCGACGGCUGUAUCGGCCCUGGUCGAAGAAGACCGCGCACAUCGUCAAGAUGCCUAGACUGAUACUCCCAAAAAAGAGGGUCCGUUGCACGGCGGUGAACCUGACUCAUCAGACAAAUGUGGCCACUCCUGUCGUGUGUCUCCCUCAGUGUCUGUCGUCCUCAGUACGUGGGGUUCAAUAUGAAGAGCUGUGACGAGCCACACACAACCAGCCACACAGUGAGUGCCUACGCGCUGCCUCUCACGUGUCUGUGUGCUGCGUUUGAGGUGUGUGCCUUUCACCUUGAGAAGGGGGUGGUCUCGACGGCAAACCUCGCGGAACAUCUUUGGAGCGCCCCAUUCCACAUACUCGACACGACGCAGUGUUCGGGUCACCAUCAGCUCCACCUCCGCAUUCACAUCAAUCCACAGCUCUGUUACGCUCUUGCGACGAUCCGCCAGUUGUGUCGACCCUCUUUUGAGCUGGGGUCUGUCGUCUGGGGAUGAUGAGAUCGCGAUCAUGACCGACUUGGUCGACUCGCGGCGCAGCUCUGGUCGGCUGCUCUCUGUGUCUCCUUGCUCCACAGCGUCGACCCCUUCACUCCAGCCGGGGGCCACAGUGGCGGGCAGCGGUGCCUCCGCGCCAGCCGCGUCGGCGCUAAUCUCACCAGGCUGGCUGCUGCGAGAAACAGGGCUUGAGUCGAAGAAUGAGCCAAUGACAUUCACCUUCUCGUCGCGUCCUAAACUGAUGGGCGAGGUGAUCUCAGUGUCCGUUGCAGUGCCAUCGGCUGAAGUGUCUUGCGGCUGGCCGGCGAUGUUGUCCAGGGAAGUGACAGUCUGCGGGCGGCCUACGAUUGUGGGAUUGAGGAGCGAUUCCGCUGCGGCCUGCUGCUGUUGCUGCUGCUGCUGCCUUUUGCGCUCCAGGACGGCACUGAAAGAGCGUUGAAUGAGUACGGCGGCGGCCUGCUGCCUCUGCAGCUCCAACAACAGCCGCUUUCGGAGCGCUUCCUUCAGCACGCCACUCCUGCGACGACAAUGCAGACAGUCCGAGGCACAAACACGUCAGUCAUUUAGUCAGAGUCAGCAGUUUAGGGCCCCCAGCAUACUUGAUAAGAGAGACGUCUUUGGCGUCUUUGUCAUGGCUCCCCCACGAUAUGAGCUUGACCCAUGCCGACUCGAGCCUCCGGGUGUCCUUUCUCGUCUUGUCUCUCUGCAGCAACCGCUGUAUCGCCCGGAGAUCCUUGGCAUCGACCGCAGCGCUCGUCGACUCGGCAAUCGACAUGUCGGACUGCACGUGAUCCUCUUCGUCAGAAGCGAACUCCAUCGACGCAUGUGGCGAGCCGAUGCGCUUGACUCUCUUGCGGGGGGAGGACUCGCCACUCUGCAGGGCGGAUGGGCUGAAUGGUGCCGGUAUGUCCACCCCCCGGCCCUCUCCUCCCAGAGCGACAUGCUGUUCUUCAGAGGUCGUCCAGUUUGGGGGGAAUGUGGGGACGUCCUCUGCGAGAUGUGUCUCGAACAAGGCGCUCUCCUGUGAGAGUAGGUGCUUGAUCUGUCGCUUGGAGUGGAAGUGCUUGAUGAAGUCGGACAAGGAGGGAGGCUCCUCCGCCACUUUGCACCUCAGCUUCUGGUGGUCGACGUUUUUCUCUGCCCACUCGACGGACAACCGCUUGUUCAUCCUGCACCCGCCCACACAUCCAUCUCUCCAGGAGGGUUCACACAAGUAGGAGAAGCUUGUACCAUUCCUCCAUUGUGGGCUUGGUUGUUUCAGCCCUCACAACGGUUGAAAACUUGGAGGGAGGCUUGCCCGGCGAUGGCUCGUCGUGUAAGCUUAUGAUGCUCUUGCCACUGCUUGGGGCUGUGUGGACAUCCGUCAGGGGUUUGCCUUCGCUCAGCAGGUCGUUGCGCACCGCUCUGCAGCAGAGAAGGAAUGAAUGGCAGCGGUUAUUUGUUCAUCAGGGGAAUUCACUUACCUGAGUGUGCGCAGUUCCUGGAGAUGCAGUGUGGGCUCUCGCUUGCGGCAGUGCAGGUAGAUGCCGCCGAAGAUGCGGCAUAUGAGGAAGUCGCACCACCAGGGGUGGUAGCACCGACGGCCGACACAACCAUUGAUACUCCGCUGCAAACUCGACCGCUGCGCAUGAAGAGCAAGGACGAAGGAAAUGGGUGUCUAUCUGCGGUCGUUGAUUGUAUGUGUGUGUGCUUACGGCUUUGUGUCGUGUGCUGUCGCGACAACCGGCACACAGCAGACAACAGAACAGGAGUGAGACCAUUGGUGGA